AACUCUAAAACAAAACAGUAAUGAAAACACCUUUUACCCCAAAACAAGAAAUAAAAAAAUGGUCGUGUUACCAUAAUACCUUGUCCUGCAGCCACUUGCACCAGAUGGAAUUCGAGAGUGACUUUUCACGUUCCUCAGAGUACACAAGUCAAACCGUACCUUUCUCCAGGCAGAUUGUAGUCGACAGCGAUGCAUUAAAGGUGUGGAAACUGUAUGAUGCUGGACCCAGGAGUGUCCGGUGUCCUCUCGUGUGUCUACCUCCUGUAUGUGGAACAGCUGACUGCUUUUACAAACAAAUUUCUCCUUACUGCAUCGGCUAUAGAGUCAUAUCGAUAGAGUAUCCCUCCUACUGGACUGUUGCUGAAUGGUGUGAGGGUUUCAGACGACUCCUAGAUAUUCUUGAGAUUGACCGUGCACACUUAUUAGGGGCCUCACUCGGUGGAUUUUUGGGUCAGAAGUUUGCCGAGAGCACGUUCAACUGUCCUCGGGUUGCUUCUCUUAUCCUCUGUAACUCCUUCAAUGACACCAAGAUAUUUAAAUAUGCUGAGUCGUCUACAGUUUUCUGGAUGUUGCCAGCCACACUGUUGAAGAAGAUUAUUAUUGGACGGUUUCCCAGAAAACUGAUGGAUUCAAAUAUUGCCAACUCUAUAGACUUCAUGGUAGAAAGAUUGGAAACCCUACAUCAGAGUGAGCUGGCAUCAAGACUCACUCUCAACUGUUCACCGGAUUAUGUACAGCCACAUAAAGUGCAGGUCGAAGUGACAGUCCUGGAUGUUUUUGAUGAAUCGGCCUUAUCACAUACAGUAAAGGAGGAAAUGUACAAAUGCUACCCAGCGGCUAAAUUAGCUCACCUCAAGACAGGUGGCAACUUCCCAUUUCUGGCCAAGGCAGAGGAUGUUAAUAUUUACAUCCAGGUUCACCUUCGAAAAUAUGAGGGGAGCCACCUGAGUGCCUCAGACUCUGGGACUUGUUGAGCGAUAGCAUAAGUUUAUGUAUUAUGUUAAGAACAAAGAAAAACAUUCCCAACUUACAAUAAUUGAGGUUGAUAUUUCCCCCUUUUCAAAAUUUUCUGAGAAAUAAAUUAUAUAUUUUACCCUCUUCAAAUUGUUUUUAUACUGUAUUAAAAAUUACCAUUGAUGUAAGUGUUGCUUGUUGAUUUAGUUCACUUUUAUGUGUUCAAAUAUAAUGAAUUUUUUACAUAUUUUUACACUGUAAAUUAUAUAUUAUUAUAAGCAUUAAGAUAUUGUUGUGUGUUUCAUGGUAAUGGGAUAAUAAUAUUGUAUCACAAAUCAUGAGACAAAUAGGAAUAUCAUUGCUGUUCUCGUGUUAUCAUUUGUGCACAAAAGGCAGUGCAGUAGGUAUCUUGUUAAGGUUUGAAGAAAAUAUUAAUACCUGUACAGAACUUUACCAGUUUGAAUACAGGAGACUUUUAACUUCUCAGAAUGCUCCACCGAGUCAUGGACCGAUCUAUAAUAAUGCAACCUUUUAAAAGUUGGUAAAUAUUUGACAUCACAACAAACCCAGUGCUGGUAAUAAGUGCUGUACAGUAUUGUAUUAUGUUCUGCUGCUGCCUGCAAUUCAUGAAGCAUUUGUGGAGUAAUAAACUAAAACAAACACCUUAUGUGUAAGGAUAUUUGUAUUCUCAUAUCAAAAUAAAAAUCAACACAUUC